AUGGGUCAGUCAACAUCAGACUCGGAGCUGGACGCAGUCCAAUAUGCUUCGUCUCCAAAAGGCAUCACGGCGAUAACGCUCGGUCGCAGCUCUCGACGUAACGCAGUCGAUCCCAGCACAGCUCGAAAGCUAUACGAGGCUUUCCUCAAGUAUGAAGCAGACGAGACCCAAAAGGUCUGCGUCUUCCAUGGUGCGAAUGGCACUUUCUGCGCCGGUGCCGAUCUGCAAGCCGUUGCCAAUACGUCGACAGCUGACACCAAACACUUUGGCCCAGUCGAAGGACGCAACAUCGCACCCAUGGGCCCGUCGCGCAUGCAAAUUCGCAAGCCGGUUAUAUGCGCCGUGUCCGGUUACGCAGUCGCCGGUGGUCUUGAGCUGAGCCUGAUAGCCGACAUACGUGUAGUCGAAGAAGAUGCAGUGUUUGGCGUUUUCUGUCGACGAUUUGGGGUUCCGCUCAUUGAUGGCGGAACUGUACGGUUACAAGCCAUCAUCGGACUCGGUCGCGCGAUGGACAUGGUACUCACUGGACGUCCUGUCGGCGCUCAGGAAGCGCUGACUAUGGGGCUCGCAAAUCGUGUUGUACCGACAGGCAAAGCAUUUGAAGAAGCGACGAAGCUUGCAGAGCAGCUGCUCGAGUUCCCACAGUCGUGCAUGAACAAGGACAGACGAAGCGCAUAUUAUGCCGCUUUCGAAGCGAAGAGUUUUGAAGAUGCGAUGAACUUUGAAUACACAAAUGCAGAAGAUGUGCUAGAAAAAGAGAGUCUUCAGGGCGCGAAACGGUUCGCAAGUGGGCAGGGACGUUCGGGGAGCUUUGCGAAGCUGUGA